CUUGUCCAACUUUGCCACCACUGCCCAAUGGUGUCACUUCUAAUGGUCAGUUCUAUGGUGAUACGGUGACGUUUUCCUGUGACCAAGGCUAUGAACUGGAAGGAACAACUUCCUUGACCUGCCAACUUGACACAACAUGGAGUGGAAUCAUGCCAAGAUGCGUCAAAAUCACCUGCCAGCCGGAUCUACCUGUGCCCACUAAUGGCAGUAAGACAUGUUCUGAAGGAAACCGCUUCCAGUCAACAUGUAGCUUCUCCUGCCAUCUUGGUUUCCGGCGAGUUGGACCAGAAACCAGAACAUGUGAACACACUGGCCAAUGGUCAAACGGCACAGAAACAUGGUGUGAAGAAAUCACUUGUUUCCCACUUGAGAUACCGGCCGGUGGUGAUGUUUCCCCACCAACAUGUGCAUCCCAACCAGUUGUAGCAGGAAGUAUCUGCACAGCGUCAUGCUUCCACGGAUUCACCCUAAGUGGAAAUCCCACAGCUGUCUGCACCUAUGAAGGGGAUUGGUUUCCGUCAGUUUUUAACGUGAACUGUACAGCCAUCACCUGCAAUCAGCUGAAUCCACCUCCAAAUGUAGUUGUUGAACCAGAGAACUGCAUAUUGACUGAGGCAAGCUUCUUAGACAGCUCACCAAGGUCAAUGGAGGGUGGACAGUGCCUGUAA